AUGAAAGUCCGACUGACACUGCAGAGUGAUGUACGGCUUCAUCUGGUGAAGGCAUGUUGGCCGGGUUUCAAGUCUGAGAAGGAGCAUACAGACUGGCUGCUUCACUCUGACCAAACUGGCUUCAGAUCUGGAGGCUCCAGGGCACUGACCAUGAGCUGCCAGUCCUUUCUCCCUGUGAGCGUCACCGGAGUGGAGGCAGAAGGCCUCGCCUCGCCUCCCUGGUCAGUCGACUCUCCGGAGCGGUGUGAGGAACAUGGAGAGAGUCUGUCUCUGUUCUGUUUGGAUGACCUGGAGCCUUUAUGUAAACAAUGUGCAGCUGUGAGCCACGGAGGACACAGAGUGUACCUCCUGACUGAGGCUGCAACCGACUGCAAGGAGGAGCUCAGAACUUCACUGAAUGGACUGAAGAAGAAGAUGGUUCACUUUGAGACAGUCUCACAGACCUGUGAACAUGUAUCCAGACAUAACCAGACAGAGGCCAGACUCGCAGAGGAGCACAUGAGAAGGCAAUUCGAGAGUCUUCACCAGUUUUUGAGGGAGGAGGAGGAGGCCAGGCUUCUUGCUCUCAGGGUGCAAUGGGAGGAGAAGAAGAGGGGGGCAGAGGAGAGGAUGGACAGAAUGAAUCAGGUGAUAAAGUCUCUGGAAGAGAAGAUCCAGCUGACUGAAGAGGAGCUCGAUGCAGGAGGAGAUGGAGUUGAAUACUUGCAGCGCUACCAGGGCACGAUGAACAGUACGUGGACAGAUGGCAUGGAGCCACAGAGGGUUUGCAGUCCUCUAAUAGAUGUGGCCAAACACCUGGGUAAUCUCCAGUAUGCUGUGUGGGAGAAGAUGAAAUACAUCGCCCCGUACACUCCGGUGACCCUGGACCCCAGGACAGCUGGCCGGUCUCUGAGCGUGUCCUCUGAGCUGAACAUGGUCCAUAUCAACCGUGGAGCCUCAGAGGACGUUGCAGUUCCAGCUAACCCUGAACGUUUCCACCCUUACUCCUGCAUCCUGGCGAGAGAGGGCUUCGACUCAGGAGUGCACUGUUGGGAUAUUGAGGUUGGUGAAACCAAUAAUUGGACAGUUGGUGUGGCUGCUCAGUCAGUGUCCAGAAGGACAGCGUUUGAGGCCUGUCCAGAGGCAGGACUCUGCUGUAUCAGCCUGCGAGAUGGCGAGUACCAAGCUCUGACCACUCCCACUCAAGCCAUUAAUCUCGACAACUCACGCCACCUCAGCAGAGUCCAUGUGAAGCUGGACUGGGAUGCGGGGACUCUGGAAUUCAUCGACGCUGACACUGAAGCGCAUCUUUUUACUUUUAGACAUAACUUUACUGAAAAAAUGUACCCAUACUUUGAGAGUGUAGCGUCCUGUGGGGGCCUUGCUGUGUUGGCACGGAGAGUGAAUGUCACUGUGGGAUCAGAUUGCGUCGCCGAUAUCACUGAAGAGGAUCAAACGAUAAAAAGUGAAUCUUGCGCUGAGGGAGACAUUAACACUGUGCCGACUAGCAGCAAAAGCGGGAUGUCAGAGCCAGGGCAUCUGACUGAAAACAAAAACUCAACAAUUUGUUCUGUGAGAGCGGAGAAGGCUACCAAACAUAAGGGACGAGCCACGAAGGAUCAGCUCAUUAAAACAAAACCCAAUGGAAAUCAAAAGACAAAAGACAACAGACCUGCUGCCAAAAAACAGAGCAGCAAGCCCAAAUUCAGUGUGAACUACCAUAUCUCACUGAACAGAGCUCUAAACUAGGGAUGCACGAUAUGUUUGUUCUUUUCAGGCAAUAUGAUUAUUUAAAAGAAGCUGUAGUUUAUUCACACCUGAGGGUAAGAAAGGGUAGAAUGUAGUGAGCAAAGAUGGAUGAUUUAAUAUUCCAGAGCUUGAUA